CAGCUCACUAUCGCUUGCGCUGUGUGUGUGUGAGCGUGAGCGCAGAUGAUUUUGAAAUCGUAGUGUUUAAUUUAUGCAGAUAUUUAUCCUCUAAUUCCUCUAUACGUGACGUCGUAGCGUCGAUUAAAAUAGUUCCUGAUAGCGUAUUUUUGUUUGUUUGUGGUUGUAGAACGAAUACUCAAAUUAAUAAAUUCGGGUCACAGUGAUGUGUGUUAUUUGUUUCGUACUGAGUCAUUCUAGUUUUUGUUUGUGUUACUUAUAGACCACUAUAACAAUGUUAUCUUUUGUUUUAAAAUAGUUAUUCAGUGAUAGCUGCCUCGUGUUAAAUCAAAGUGAUGGAUUCGCCGCCGGUACCAAAGCCAAGGAGUGCUUUUUUGCCUCCUAGCGAGCCUGUAACUCGGCCCGUGCCAGUUCCACGUACCAAAUUGCCUCAGCCUACAGAACGGGUCACUGCCUCUGAUAUAUUUAAAUCAAUAAGUACUGUUUCAAAGCAAUUAUCUGAGGAUGUUGCGCUGAAAGUGAGUAAUUCUGCCAAGACUGCUAAUGAAAAGUUUGAACGGUCCAUUCAAGAUGGUUCAAAAUUUGCUAAAGAUACAUUAGAAAAAACGCUUACAACUUCUCGAGCUGUACGUCAGUCUGUGACUAAGUCUGUGAUAGAAGGAACUAGGACAGCGGGCCUCAGGUUAAGAAGAACAAAGAAAUCAGACAGUCUCGAUGAAAAUGACCAACAAAGAUGUGUUUCAAUGCCAUCUGUUGAUGUUAGUUUAUUUGACAAUAUACAAUUCAAUUCACCGCUUCUGGAACAAAAGAGAUUUAACAAUGAUGGGCUUAGUGCUCAGAAAAGCCAGGAACAUCCUAAUUUACAAUUAAAUACAUCCAAUUUUGAUGAUUUGUCUCUGUUUUCUAGUAAUUCAGAUAAUACAGAUUCAGUUAGCAGUUAUUCUUAUGACAUGAGCAGAGAAUUAGAACAAAAUGCCUCUAGUUUAACUCAGGAAAAUGAACAAAUGACAUAUGACAUACCAAAACCCUCUAGAACUAACAGCAUAGUUAGUUCUCUGAGUUCAACAUCUAUCGGGUCAAGUCCAGACAUUCCAGAAAGAAGAAAAAAGAGAGAAAGUGCUAUAUCAAUGGAAGUAAUGCGACAAAACUCUAUGUAUGAAAAUUGGACCUUGCCAUUCCAAUCAUCAAAAAGUUUAGUUCCUGUUAAAGAAACAGUGGCAAAUGAUGCAGAGAUGCCACGGCCAAGUAAAAGUACAAUAUAUGAGUUUGAUCCUUUACAAGUAAGUACAUCACCACAAAGGUACGAUGGUGUAAGCAAUGAGUUAUUACUAUUGGAAUCAUUCUUAAUUGGAGAUACUUAUGGUACGAUAGUAGCGUCAGAUACUACAGAGGAUAGUUUUGAAUUUUGUGAAAGUGAUUAUUUUAAUCCACCAACUCCACCAGAGCGUUCUGACAGUCUUUUUCCUGACACAAAAACAACGAAACUAAAUGUUGUCAAUAAAGAUAGGAAUUCUAACUGGUUUGUCAGUAUGGACAAUAAUGAUAUGAAAUCUGUACCAGAAGAGGAAAAUAAAUCAACAAAUUCAGUUAUGCAAAAAUUCACUCACAUAUUAAAAUUUGAGAAACUAAAUAAGUCAUCAAAACCAGUGCCACCGAAGGUAGAAUGUGUGGAAAGGCCACCAGUCAACUCAUUACCAGUCCCGUACUUUAGUGGGUUACUAACACGGAUUGUAUCAGGAGUAGUUGAAGAUUUAUUUAAGAACUCACAGACAAGAUUUUGUGUGCUUUCUGAUCAAAAGUUGAUGUGUUACUCAGAUCCUACAAAUUCCAUAUUGAAAGAAGCUUAUACAUUGGACAAUAUCUACUCAGUACAGAUUGUUCUGCCUCUGUCCUCUAGUACAACAAGUAACUCGUACUGUUUCGAGAUAAUGGUAUCCUCCGGGGGCAUGAGAGGUUCUCCUCGCAAAAUACUGUUCAGCUGCGCUAGUGCUUCUGAACGUCGUAAUUGGGCUCAAAAGAUCGCGGAGCAUUUAACCUGCGGGUUCGCAACCAAGUACACUUCGGAGUUCACCAGGUGUGGUUGGUGUUAUCUGAAGGAGGGAGUGACAGGAGAGUGGCGAGGUGCCUGGGUGAUGCUUAUUCGUCGUGUGAUGGUCUACUACACCACUAAGGAACCCACAGUGCGUACUGUUGACCUCAGGAAGACCAGAUGUGUCGUGACACAAGAGGCAGACGAGGACACUAAGUCUGUCUGCCCGACAGACGGGAGUGACAACUUACUACUCGACUGUCCACAUGCCACACUUUACUUGCGGUUCCCACACGAGAGAGAACUGAAGGGAUGGCGGUACAUGGUGAAGCUGGCAGCCCACAACAAUGGAGCUCACAUCCACCACCAGCAGCUGACUAAGGAAGAUGUUCCCGCCAUCGUGGACAAGUGUCUUAGCUUUAUAUAUGCUCACGGCAGUCUUUCGGAAGGUAUAUACCGUCGUGCAGGCAGUGGCUCUGUGCUGUCUGAGCUACUGGCCCGGUUCCGUCGCGAUGCGUGGUCCGUCCAGCUCAGCCCCGUGCAACAUUCCGAGCAUGAUGUUACCGGCGUUCUCAAGAGGUUCUUCCGCGACCUGCCAGAACCUUUGGUGCCGCAAGAAGUACAUAAAGACCUGAUAGCAGCUCUAGAGAUAUCAGAUGAGACUGUUCGGCACCAUGAGUACCAUCGCAUCAUGUCCUCACUGCCUCUAGUGGCUCGCAACACUGCGCGCAAAUUGUUCGCGCACUUACACUUCCUGCACACAAUGGCACACGCCAACAAGAUGGGUGCCGAGAACUUGGCCUCCGUGUGGGCUCCUACUAUCAUGCCUGCUGCCAUGACUAGCAACACGCUGCAAACUGCUUGGUCGGCCAAGGAGGUGUUCGUAGUUCGAGACCUGAUUGCCAACUUCGAGUCUAUAUGGGAGCCUACGGAAGCCGAAAAACGUCGCGAAGCGGCCGUGAGACGAGUCAUCAUGAGAGUACUCAGUAACUCCGCUCCAGCCGCCCCGAAAGCAGCCGGUGAUUUGAGAACCUGGGUCUAUGUUCACGAUAAGUCCACCUGCUAUCAAAUCACACUAACACCAAACAAAACAAGCUCAGACGUGUGCAUAGAACUGUGUGAAAAGGCGAAAUCAGAGUCCCAUCUACUAAUGCUAGAAGAAGUCAUAUGCAAUGACACGAUGCGGCGUAUAGUGCAUAUUGAUGAAGUGGUACUAGACGUGGUACUUCGAUGGAGUUACUGGGACGAAGACGACAGGAAAAACAACUAUUUGAUAGUAAAAGAGAAUAAAAUACUUCAUGAUAUGGAGGCCAUGAGACAAACGCCCUCCGUCUGCGGUGAGCUCAGACUUGCUACUGAAGCCAUGAAGUCUUUUAAACUACACAUGUUUGAGGUGCAAAACUCUAGGCUGUGCUACUUCAAAGAUAAACAGGGUUCUCAUAAGAUAGAGGAGUGGAAAAUAAAGGACAUCCUGUGGUAUGUGGGUCAUGAGAUAAAGAGGAAUCCUCAGUCCCGGUGGGCCAUCACAUUUAUACCUAGAAACAAACAGAAACGGAGUAAAGACAAGCCGUGGUUCGGCUGCACUAUAGCGGGCGCGGUGACGGAGGACCGGCUCAAGUGGAUGACGGCGCUCAUGUUCGCAGAGCAUUCGACAAUACUCCCUACCCCUCGACUAGUUAUUACGUAACCUCGUAUCUCAUGGAGAGAAGUACAACAAGUGUCAUUAAAUUGACUUCGACGUCAUAGAGUGGCCACCAGCACCACUGUCAAUAUCUGCAAUAUGUUUAAUUUAUUAAUGUAAACAAACACUCGUGUUUCGAUGCACACAUCAACGUUAUGUACAACAAACUUGCCAAGAUUGUUUGCAAUGUAAAGAAUAUUCUACGUCCGGUUUUUGGAGUAAAAUAGGUAUGAUUACACUCGUUAUUCUUUUAUAUAGUAUGAAAGUAGUAUAAGUAGUUAUAGGUACAUGAUACUUAGUCAGAGGUCGCAGUCAAAUGUUACAAACAUUACAAAAACAGCCCAUGAAGGUAACGCUACAUCUUGUCAAUACGCGCGUGGACUCACACUACGGCCAUUUUAAAAACUGCUAUUCGUUGCGACCAGAUGUAGUCUUUUAUGUUUCAUGACAUGUCACAUAGAUUUUGGAAUUAGUAUUGAAUAAAAUGCAAUCUUCAAUAAUGAAUUAAAUUGAAUUAUAACUUUUACUUAUUACAAAGACCGUGGCUUUCUUGUUUGAGUAGAAUUAAAAAUCAAUCCCUUAUUAUUAAUUUAUUUCUUUGUUACCUUCUUUUCCAAAGUAAUUAGGUAAGGAUUUAACCUAUGUUAGCAAAACCAUUUUUUUUUAAUAUAAUAUAAUUACGAAAUCUACUAUUAGAUUUGAUGUUGAAAAAAUGCAAUUAACUCAAUAAAGACAUAGGAAUAAGUUGUGUAUAUUAUAAUUUGUAUUUAGUAUACAAAGUAGUUACGAAAGUAGAAUGAAAUAUAUUUUCAAUAUUCGUAAAAUAGUACAAUUAUAUUUUAAAACAUGCUAUCAUUUAAUAUUUGAAUCUCUACUUGGCUAAUUAUUAUUAAAAGAGUUUAUAUUUUAAUAGAUUAAUUAUUUUUGAGUUUAUGUUUGUAAUUAUGUAUGUAUGUAUAAAAGUAACUAUUAGUAAAUAUAAUGUAUUGUAUUUGAACCAUUAAUUGAUGCAAUUUUAUAAAUGGUAAUAAAGUUCAGUAAGACUGUGAUUUGACAAAUUAUAUUGUUCACAGUAAGCUUGAAUAUCAUAAUCAAUAGAAAGAGAACCAAUGUUCCUGUUGACCUAGUGUACACCAUGUAGGUGGAGCACAUUUAGUAGCUUAUAGUAUUAUAUAUUGUAUAUUUACAUUGUGCUUAUUAACCAAUCAUAAGACCUGACUGCCAAUAGAAGAGUUAUGUUUUAUUAACACCUGACAAAUAUAUUUGCCGUUAUCUUGUUCACAAACAUUACAGUAAAUACCUUGCCAAAUAGUUGAAUACAAUUGUACAUAAUGACACAAAAUGAUCACACUGCCAGCUUAUAUACCCAAAGUAUCAUAUUGUCAUGUUUUUUAUAUACUUGUGUAUCUUUCUCUGGCUAUUUGUGAUAUUAAUGCUGUACCUACACAAGUACACAGAUUUUAUUAUUAUGUUUUGUUAAAUAUUUUAUUAUAAUAAAAGUACUACUCAUAAAUAAUAUUUAUAUAAAAUAUUGUAAAUGGAAUAUCUAUGAGUUUAGAUGUACAUUAUUUUAUACUGUAGUUAUAACAUAUUUCAAGAAAAUAAAAUGAGUCAUAAAGUGAAAACGUCGAUUACAAUCUCUUCACGGGUGGGUCUCCGUGUUAUAAAUAAUAUAAGACAUUUACUUGUGUGCUAUGUGCGGGUACACAAUAUAAAAUAAUUAUGAAAUCAUUAUCAUCCUGGUUUUGUGAUAAAACAGUAAAUUUGUGAAAGCACGUUGUUUACUUAGGUUUAGAAAUAAUUACAUGGCGAGAGUUAGAAGUAUUUACAGAGGCGUCUAAAUGACGACAAAACUUUAUUAGACUGAAAUGGACCAGGAUGUCAAUUAAACAGGUGAUUUAUUAUAAAAAUUAUGUUGUUUUAGGAAUUAUUUAUGAAAAACGCAAGCCAAGUUUAACAAUUGUGUGUCUUAGAAUUAUUGUCCUUUCAAUAAAUCAUAUUUGUUAUUAUUCAUAUUAAUUUACCAUAUAAAGUAUAAGUAAAGUAAUAAAAUAUAACAUUUGUAUGUAUGUCUAUUGUAUGAUAACGUGUUCAAAUAAACGCGUUGAAAAAAAUAA